UGUUGUUUGUGAAGUCUUAAUUGCGUUUUUAAGUUAUACAGAAAAAAAUUUAAAAAAUGGAAGAUAUUCAAGUGACUCAGAUGGCGACAGGGUGUCGAGGAAACAUCGCAAGAGCAGGUCUCGGAGUAGUAGUAGUUCAAGCUCCAGAGGUCAUCACCGCCGUCACAGGAAGUCACGUCGACACAGGCGACAUUCCUCUAGUCGAUCUAGGAGUCGUUCUCAUAGUGGUUCUUAUUCGCGCAGGACUCGGUCGAGGAGCAGAGAUCGUGAUCGUCAUCGACGUCGCCGUAGUUACUCAAGAAGUCGCUCAAGAGACAGGUCAAGUCGAAAGCAUAAAAGAUCGAAGCACAAGCGGAGGAGGAGGAGCUCUAGCUCUGGAUCAGAAAGAAGCAGUAGGUAUUCCAAGUCACGUUCAGCAAGAAGCAGCCAGGAUAGAGACUACAGUAGUAGAGGAUCGACAAAAGAUCGAGAAAAGAAAGAAGUGGAAAAAGAAAAAGAAAAAGUUAAAUCCCCUUCACCCCCUCCAGUAAAACAGAAAGUAGUUGAGCAGAAAGGUGGACGGACGGGCAGAAAGAAUUGGAUUCACCUGGGCAGUUGUACCUGGUUCUCCCGCGAGUGGAGGGAGAUGACGUCAUCACCACCAGUGUUGGCGACGCCUACGCGCUAAAUUUGAAUUUAGUAUCCUGCCGC